AUGGGGAAGCGGCAAGCGUUUGCUAAGGAAGAGAAGGCCCCCAAGCCUUCCAAGAAGUCGUGCAGACCGGUCGGGUCCAAGUCAGCAACCUCAGCAAUCAAGAUAGGAGCACCAGACGAGUUUCGCGCGAUUGGCAAAAGGUCCGUAGUGCAACAGAAAGCAGUAUGUCGAUUCACCCCACCGUUCAAGAUGUACCGGAAGGCUGAUGGAUUUCUGCACUAGAGCCAGACGAAAGCUUCUCGACGUAUCACCACAAGCGACGAUCAUGGUCGUGCUUGGUCGCCGGAAGCCUCUGAGAGCGUGCGCGUCGUAGUUGGAAAGUUACCUGGAAGCAAGGAGCUGGAUGUGGUCGACGAUGGCAACAGCGUGGUGCCUCAAGUGCAGCUCUUGCCCACACCGCCGCCUUCUCAGGAGCUCAGCGACGGCGGAAGGGCCGAUGUUGGCACGGAAAGGCAGGAUUCGAUGAUCAGAGGGGGCGAAUGCUCGGCGGAGGGCGGUGUUGAGCAAGACCGAAGGCACGUAUUGUAUGCUGUUCAUCAUGGAAUGGAGGGUCCGUGGUAUCCAUGGAACGGAACACACAUCAAGGGACUGUUUCCUACCAUGCGCGAGGCCAACGCUGCCGCCAUGCGCAUCUACAAGGAGGUCUGUCCGCGAUGGACGGAAUUUGGCAUGACAUCGAUGGGAUUCCGACCCAGCGCCUCGCCUCUCCCAGAAGUCGGGCUGGGGAGGGCGCAGAAAUGGCACAAUCUGCAGGGAGAGGUGCAGUAUGCGUUCCAUGACAGCGAUUUCGGCUUGCAAUAUCUCGCGGUGGUGAAGCAUCGCGUCGUGCGGGCGGCGGCGAGCCAAGAUUGCAGCAAUGGGCUAGCUCCCGUCCAGGUGGAACGUGGGAGAGUCGGAGGUGUCAAAGUGUGA